AUGAUUCAGCUGAUUCAUAUGAUUCCAGAUCAAGGAGGAGGAAAAAGAGCUACCGUUCAAGUUCUAGGAGUAGAAGCAGGAAAUCAAUAUCAGUGCAAAUCCUAUGAGAAAGUCAGAAAGAAACUGAUGUUAUUGGAGGCUCCUAAUGUGCUUACUAUUUCAUUGAAGAGAUUUCAUUGUGUUAAAUUUGGGAAGCUGAACAAAUCGGUUGAGUUUCCAGAGAUUUUAGACAUGGCUCCAUAUGUUAGUGGGUCAAGUGAUAAGUCGCCAGUUUAUAGGCUUUAUGGGGUGGUGGUUCAUGUAGAUACAAUGAAUGAUGCCUUUUCUGGUCAUUAUGUUUGCUAUGUUAAGAAUCAUCACAAUCAAUGGUUCAAAUUUAACGACACCAUGGUGAACGAGGUGGAUCUUCAACAUGUAUUAACAAAAGGCGCAUACAUGCUCUUUUGUGCAAGAUGCUCCCCACGGACCCCACGAUCAAUACGCAGCUCAAUAAUCCAGCAUCAAGAUGCACGAAAACACAAAACAUUCGUUCACUCCACUGAACCUUGGAAUCUUCCUCCUCCAGUGACAACUCGGGGUUCUUCUCAGACUCAUGUUCUUGCAGCACAGAUAACAGCACCCAAAAGGACUCCAGUGAUCACAUUCCGGGGGCCAGCGAGGGUAAGAUUAUGUCCUGAUGGAGAAUCUGCAUAA